GAAUUGAGCAUCUCCGCCAUAAUUUUUCCGAACACAUUUUCUGUAUUGUGCAAUAUUUUCAAAGAUUCGCCUGUAAAUAAGAGAAUCUUUUCCUCUAAACAUGCCUCCGAAAAAAGAAGGACCCAGUAAGAAAAAUGAGGCGAAGAAAAAAGAAAGAACAAUUGAGGAUAAAACCUUUGGAUUGAAAAACAAGAAAGGAUCAAAGCAACAGAAGUUCAUUCAGCAUGUAGAGAAACAAGUCAAAUGUGGGAAUGUCAAAACAAGCAAGCUUAAUGAAUUGACUCAAGCAGGCAAGAAAAAGGAAGACAAGAAAAAAGAACAAGAUGAGUUAAAUAUGUUGUUUAGACCAGUACAGACAGUAGGCAAAGGUGCUGACCCCAAAUCUGUGUUGUGUGCAUUUUUUAAACAGGGUCAGUGUUCUAAAGGUUCCAAGUGUAAAUUCUCCCAUGACCUUGGCGUAGAAAGAAAAGGAGAAAAGAGAAAUAUUUAUGAAGACAAAAGUGAAGAUAAAGAAACCGUUGAAGAUUGGGAUGAAACCAAAUUACAAGAAGUUGUUGAGAAGAAGCAUGGGGCUACAAAUAAACAGAAAAUGGAAACUGCUAUUAUAUGUAAAUUUUUCCUGGAAGCUGUAGAAAAUGGUAAAUAUGGAUGGUUCUGGGCGUGUCCAAAUGGUGCAGACAAAUGUCAUUAUCGUCAUUGUCUACCUCCAGGAUUUGUUUUGAAGAAAGACAAGAAGAAGGAAUCAGAAGAAGACCAGAUUACUAUUGAGGAAUUAAUAGAGAAAGAGAGAGCAGCCUUGGGUGCUAAUGUUACCAGGGUUACAUAUGAAACAUUCAUAAAAUGGAAGGAAAGAAAGAGAAAUGAAAAGAUUGAAAUUGCAAGAGAGGCUAAAGACAAAAAGAAAUCUGACUUUAAAGCUGGAAAAAUGUUGGGAAUAACUGGCAGAGAUAUGUUUGAGUUUAACCCUGACUUAAUAGGAAUGGAUGAUGAUGAAGCUGACGAGGGGAUGAUAGAACGGGAAAGAGAUGAAGAUGAUGACGAUGAAAUUGUUGUCCAAGAAAUAAAUUUAGAAUCAUUUGAUAAUUAUGUGGGUAAAGGUGAUGCCACAGUAGCUCCAGAGUCGAGGGUACCGAUGACAAAUGGUGUCGUACGAAAUAAUGAUGAAGAGUCAAAGUUAAAUGAAGCUGGUGCAUUACCACCAAAAAACAAUAUGUCAGAUACAGAUGCAGCUAUAGCUGUUGCCAUGGCAGCAAACAUGAACGGUGAUAUUGAAAUUGAUGAGGACCUAUUUGAUGGGGAAGAUCUGGAUCAAAUAGAAGAAGAUUUAGAAACUUUAGAUUUGGAUGAAUGACCCCCAGCAUUCUGAAAGGAUAAGAAAGAAAAAAAAAACAUAUUUCGUUUUGGAUGAAUGACCUUGUGAUAGUGCUUUGACCCUUAAAAUUUGACUUUUGACCUCAAUUAUUUUAGUGACUUUUGGACAAUGCUGUUAUUUGUUAAUUGGUAUGAAUACAAAUGGGAAACUGAAAUGUGGGGUUCAUGUCAGUGAGACAGCAACCAAACAGCAAAAAAUAACCAAAAGACAUUUAGAGGACAACAUACAAUCUUCCACAGUACACUAGCCUCUGUAUAUAAAUAUGUCAAGCUCUGAAAAGUCCCAAAUUGUAAAUUAGUUAUGCCGUCAACACCAAAUUCUCCAAUUGAUUGAUAGAAAAAAACAUUAAAAAAAAUGAUUGGACAAGAAUGGGCACAUGAAAAUGUGGCAAGAUGAAACAAGAUUUUUAAGAUCUCAACCCUCCCUCUCUUUACUCUCUAUCAGUGGACAAAGAUAACAAACAUAAAAACAACAUACAAUAAAAAUCAAUACAGGAAAGACAUUUCCAAUGUCCGAGGCAUUUCAACAAUGAUUAGUAACUGUAUCGUUACCAAUUAAUGUCAAUUGACAAUGAUUAGUAACUGUAUCGUUAACAAUUAAUGUCAAUUGACAAUGAUUAGUAACUGUAUUGUUAACAAUUGAUGUCAAUUGACAAUGAUUAGUAACUGUAUUUUGACAAUGAUUAGUAACUGUAUUGUUAACAAUUAAUGUCAAUUGACAAUGAUAAGUAACUGUAUUGUUAGCAAUUAAUGUCGAUUGACAAUGAUAAGUAACUGUAUUGUUAACAAUUAAUGUCAAUUGACAAUGAUAAGUAACUGUAUUGUUAACAAUUAAUGUCGAUUGACAAUAAUAAGUAACUGUAUUGUUAACAAUUAAUGUCAAUUGACAAUGAUAAGUAACUGUAUCGUUAACAAUUAAUGUCAAUUGACAAUGAUUAGUAACUGUAUUGUUAACAAUUGAUGUCAAUUGACAAUGAUUAGUAACUGUAUUUUGACAAUGAUUAGUAACUGUAUUGUUAACAAUUAAUGUCAAUUGACAAUGAUAAGUAACUGUAUUGUUAGCAAUUAAUGUCGAUUGACAAUGAUAAGUAACUGUAUUGUUAACAAUUAAUGUCAAUUGACAAUGAUAAGUAACUGUAUUGUUAACAAUUAAUGUCGAUUGACAAUAAUAAGUAACUGUAUUGUUAACAAUUAAUGUCAAUUGACAAUGAUAAGUAACUGUAUCGUUAACAAUUAAUGUCAAUUGACAAUGAUUAGUAACUGUAUUGUUAACAAUUGAUGUCAAUUGACAAUGAUUAGUAACUGUAUUUUGACAAUGAUUAGUAACUGUAUUGUUAACAAUUAAUGUCGAUUGACAAUGAUAAGUAACUGUAUUGUUAACAAUUAAUGUUGAUUGACAAUACUAAGUAACUGUAUUGUUAACAAUUAAUGUCAAUUGACAAUAAUAAGUAACUGUAUUGUUAACAAUUAAUGUCAAUUGACAAUGAUAAGUAACUGUAUUGUUAACAAUUAAUGUCAAUUGACGCAAGUUUUAUUCUUGUAUCACAUGUUCUCUUCCCAUGUAAGAGGGUCUUGAUGGGGUUUACAGAAUAGAGAAAAAGAUUACAUAAAUGAAGGACCCCCAAUUCAGACCUUCAUGUAUUUAACUUUUCCUUAUUAAUUUGUAACCCUCUGUCUUUGGAGAUGUGGCAUGAUUGCCAAUGAGACAACUAUCAAUUAGAGUCCAUAUGACAUAAAUACAUAUACACUUUCAUUCCUUCCCAUGAAAUUUGUAUGAAAAAUCAGGAGGUGUGAGUUUCCUGUAAAAAAUUCCAGUUUUUCAAAUGUGUUAAUUAUAAAAAAAAAAUUGCAAAUUGACCUCAGUGGGUAGUACUGAAAUUAAUAUACACUUAUGUUAUAUGCAAAGAACCUUGAAUUAAAAACCAAUCUCUUCAACUAAUUGUUGCUGGGAACCAGUAAGAUUUGCCAGGAAAUGAUCUGCUCCAAAUUAUAUUUGAGUCCAUCUCAAGUCUGUAAAUUCAAAUACAGAAUUUGCAUUUUUGGGAUAGAAUACAUGUAUGUUAUCCAAAACUUUGGCUUUUUAAAAAAAAAAUAUGUUACUUUAUUGUAAAAAGUGAGAUCUGUUGAAAUGAAACUUGCUCAUGUUGAACUCAUUUAUU